CGCUUACAACCCCACCGCAAGCCAAAACAAACACAGAAGCAAACAGACUUUGACACUUUGCCAGAGACUUCUUUUCUGUUGUGCUCCCACAGGGCAAUCAGGAAAUACAGCAAACCACCCACGCACGACUCAGACUCUUAAGAGCCGGCGGCUCCGGUCUCUGUGUGAUUCAGCCCUGGGCUUCGUCAGGUCGUAGCGUCGCCUCUCGCUCUCCUCGCGCAGCCUGGCUCCUCCCUGGAAUUUAGCCAAUCAUGGUGGAGUAUUUGGUUUCUGUGACAACCUCAACCGCCCCCCAGGCGGGGUCGUUCAGCUCUGUUGGGGUCACCUUGAUCGGCACAGAGGGCGUCAGUCCAGAGGUCAUCCUUGGCUCUGGGGACUCCCCCCUCACUCCUGGCUCGACGUGUGCCUGUAUACUGAAGACAGAGAUCCUACUGGGCACUGUGGUGCUAAUCCAGCUGAGGAAACAGAGAGUUCCUAACUUCCCGGACCUGGACUGGCACUGCCAGGAGGUCUGUGUGGAGACACCAAGUGGAGAGAAGUGUUGCUUCCCCUGCAAUAAGUGGAUCCAAUCGACAGAUGGCGCCAUUGAGCUGUGCAGUGAGCUAGUGAGCACACUGAGCUCAGAGACACUGCCGAUACUGAGAGACCACAGGGCCAGGGAGCUUCAAGCCAAGCAGAAGAUAUACAGGUGGCGCACUCUUCAUGAGGGUGUACCUCGCUGCAUCGACAUGACCAGUCUGGAGGCACUGGUACCCAAUCUGAGAUACACUCGUCAAAGUCCAAGUACAAAUCUUCACUACCUGAGGGGAUUUGCAGAGAGAGCUGAGUCCUGGGGGAGCUUCCAGGAGCUGGAGAGACUUUUCAACUUGAACCACAAGGACAACACCAUCGCACGGUAUGUGAAGUCUCACUGGCAGGAAGACAGUUUCUUUGGUUAUCAGUUCAUCAACGGCUGCAACCCAUUCAUGAUCCGGCAGUGUCGCCACCUCCCGCCAAACCUGGCUGUUACCAACGAGAUGCUCUGCCCUUUCCUGCCCGAGGGCUCCUCGCUGGAGCAGGAGAUGGAGCACGGAACUGUUUUCCUGGCAGAUUAUGAGGUUCUGGAAGGUGUCCCAGCGAAUCGCCUCAAUGGACGGCAGCAGUACCUGGCCACCCCUCUGUGUCUUCUGCACUGUGACCAGCAGGGGGAGCUGAAGCCCAUUGCCAUUCAGCUGCAACAGCACCCUGGGCCUCAGAACCCUGUGUUCUUGCCCUCUGAUUCUGCGCCUGACUGGCUGCUGGCCAAGGCAUGGGUGCGCAGUGCUGACUUUCAUUGCCACCAGCUUAUCUCCCACUUCCUCAGGACUCAUGUGGUAGGGGAGGUGUGCUGCAUUGCCACCCUCAGGCAGCUGCCGGAAAUACACCCCCUGUAUCAGGUGCUGAUGCCGCAUGUUAGUACCACUCUGCAGAUUAAUAUCCAGGCGCGAGCCUCACUCCUGGCACCAGGGGGCGUGUUUGACAAGUCUUCUGCCUGUGGUCUGGAGGGGGUGUCCGCCUUGCUUCGCAGAGCCACAGAGCGCCUGUGCUACAGCGCCCUCUGUCUGCCGGAGGACUUGCAGGAGCGCGGGAUCGACAAGCUGCCCCACAACUACUUCGCACUGGAUGGACUGAGAGUGUGGGGGGCCAUCAAAAGGUUCGUUCAAGGGCUGGUGGAACUGUACUACCCCAGCGAUGCAGCGGUGCAGCAGGACUCGGAGCUGCAGAACUGGAUCCGGGAGAUCUUCGUGGAGGGCUUCCUGGGCCGAGCAGAGUCAGGUCUGCCUCAGUCCUUCCAAGAGCGAGAGGAACUCACCCAGUUUCUUACCAUGGUGAUCUUCAGCUGCUCUGCCCUGCACGCUGCUGUUAAUUUCUCCCAGCUGGACUUUGACCUCUGGAUGCCCAACUGUCCAGCCUCCAUGUGCCGGCCACCGCCCUCAGUGAAGGGUGCAGUGACCAUGGAUGACUUUCUGUCCUGGCUGCCCGACGUCAAUGCCACCUGCUCUAUCCUCAUCACUCUGUCCCUGCUGUCCCAGCCUGCGCGGGAUUAUAUCCCACUGGGCGAGUACCCGAAAGAAAGGUUGUUCAGGGAGGGCGCCCCCUGCAGGCUGAUGGAUGCACUGAGAAAGGAGCUGCAGGAGCUGCGCCAGCAGAUUGAGGAGAGGAACGCCAGUCUGGAGCUGCCCUACCCGUACCUGUCCCCCGAUCGCAUUGAGAACAGUGUGGCCAUCUGACAGUCUGCGGCUCACUCCCUGUCCCACAGUCCCAUCGGUUAUAGGUCAAGUCAAAGUGUACAAGGAUCAAUAUUUACACCUUUGUUGCGGAUUUCAUUAACACUGUCGUAUCAAGACUCAUGUUCGUAAAUGUAGCUACUUAACUAAGAUUUUCACAGAGCAUCCCUGGACCUGAUCUCAAAGCUCCUCCCACCUGUCAGUUUUACCAUUAGCCCCUCCCAUUAUGCUUGCAUCAGAUCUAUCAUUGGUUAAUUCAUAAGCCCCACCCCCACCGCAUCAAACCGCCUGCUAACCAAAUGAAAAAAGUUGUAGGAUUUUCAAGUGUGAAUACCUGAGAGAGUAGGAAGUCCAUUUACAACAAGCACGGUAAAUGUAAAAGGACAGAGUGAUUUAGAAAAGCUUAUUGCAGUUUGAUUGUUUGGAGCCGGAUCCAUUAUUUGUCUUUUCCUCAUUUAUAACUCCUGUUUUUGUAUAAAGCAUUUGAAUAAAAAAAUCUUUGUCUAUAAGUGAAAAGUAAUCUAACUUUCAACCAACUAAACUGAAAACAAGAUAUAUCUUUAAACUGUGCAAAUUG